AGACCAGCUGGUCACACAAAGACCACCUAAUCUCUCUCUCUAAUCCGACGGAAGCAGCAGCAGCUAGCGACACACAACAACUACAGCAAGCACACAGCAGGAGGAGGAAGAAGAAGGCUCCAUCUAUCUAUACUCUAUAGUUCCACACGCAUGGGGAACUGCGCCAUCACGCACCAGGCCACGUCGUGGGCGGACGACGGCGAGUGGGAGCUGCCGUCGCCGGGCGACGACGAGGCGCACGAGGAGCGGAGGAAGGAGCACGCCAGCGAGGUGACCAUCCGGAUCAGCAAGCGCCAGCUGCAGGAGCUGGUGGACAAGAGGGCCGACGACGGCGUCUGGAAGGGCCGGCGGUCGGCGUCGGAGCUUCUGGCGGACAUCAUGAACGCCGGGGAGGUGCACCACCACGUCGACCACUGCAGGGCGGCGCACUGGAAGCCCGCCCUCCAGAGCAUCCCGGAGGCGGUGGAGUCGUGACGCUACGCCCCGUGACGCGUGCCGGCCAUGGCUUUCGAUCGCCGGGUUUGGGUUUCUCGCCUCUUUCUUGGUUGCUUCUUCGCCGUGUCUCACAGCUUUUUGGCGGCCUUUUUGUGCUAUUCUUUGGUUUGGAUCCAACGAACAAUGUAUAUACUAGUAGGGAAAGUGGUGAUGUAAAUUGUAAAGUAGAUGUUCUACUGUCCAUACGGCUUUUUGUGUGUGGAACAACAACAAACCAAACAUUCUCAGUUGA